AUGUCGGACUACUGGGCCGUCGGACUAUCGGACCGUCGGACUACUGGGCUGUCGGACUAUCGGACCGUCGGACUACUGGGCUGUCGGACUAUAGGACCUCCUGCUAAAUGCUGCACAGGGUUUAUGUGGAAUGAUGAUUCAAAGUCAUGUGAACAAUGCAGUCCAGGGUACGUUGGAAUCAACUGUUCUGACCCUUGUCUUUAUCCAAAUUAUGGCAUCGAAUGUCAGAUGUUGUGUACCUGCUCACAGCCUGCUUGUAAUCCAUCCUUUGGAUGUGAUGAUACAAGUCCAAAGAUCGGAAAUACAGUGGGAAUCAGUGACAUUAGUAAAACGACCAAACAGACAACAGAUCGUGUAAUAGAUCUAAAUGGAUCAUUGAAAACAAACGAAUCCUUUUCUAUCAGUGCAUAA